AUGAAUUCGACGGCAGUGCCAGCUGACUCAGACCGCUGGCUAUCAGCCACCGAUAGGAUCGGUGGAUUCGCUUACGGGCUCGGUGUCUCCGUUGGUAUACUUCUCCUAAUUACCACAAUCACCCUCACUUCUUAUUAUUGCACUCGAAGCCAUAUCUCCGCCUCUCCCACAACCACUCCAAGGACAAGACGCCGGCAACUUAGACAAACCAAUGAAACUUCGACACCUGGCGAAGAACGGUUUUACUUGGACGGUGACGAUCAAAACGACGACGUGGUGGUGGUGGUCGAAGUCUUGGGGCUAAACGAGGAGGUGAUCAAGGGUUUUCCUAAGCUUCCUUACGAAGAGGCUCGUGUGAGUUAUAGCUUGCAAAGGGAUUCGACUACGACGUCGUGUUGCUCUAUAUGUCUUGCCGAUUACAAGACCACCGAUAUGGUCAGGGUUUUGCCCGAUUGUAACCAUUUGUUCCACGACAAGUGCGUUGACCCGUGGCUCAGGCUUCAUCCCACGUGUCCCGUAUGUCGUACGUCUCCAUUACCAUCUCCGGCGAUGACACCUGUCGCCGACGUUGUUCCCUUUUCCCGCCGGCCCAUGGAUAUUUGA